CAAAUUGUGCAAUAAAUAGUCACGCGCUCGAUUAUUCCAUUCUCCUCCUCCUCCUCCUCCUCCUCGAUUCUCUUUACCACUGUUCAAAUAAAACCCUAGGUUUCUACUUUUUGUGUUCUAAUGGCGGAUUUGGAGAAUCAGGAUACGGGGCUUGGGAAUGUUGUUGUUGGAGAAGAGGAGGAGAAGCUUCUCGAGGGGGUUACGUUAGUGGAUUUCGAUAUGUUGUGUUCUACGGUGGCUAUGCAGACGCAGGGUAAAUGGGCGAAGUUGGAGACUACUCGUGAUGCUCCUAUGGAACCCGAUUUGGGGGGAGUUUUUAGGAUGUGGGAAGGUGAACUACUCGAUUGCUUCGAUGACCGUCGUAUCGCUAUCGAAUCCACAUGCUGGCCGUGUCACAGAUUUGGGAAGAAUAUGGCAAGGGCUGGUUUUGGCUCUUGUUUUCUUCAGGGAACGGUUUAUUUAUCUCUUGCUCUCGGUGCCCUGUGCAACUUCAUUGCCUUUUUGGUCACAAAACGCCAUUACUUUUUAUAUCCAGCCAUUGCUUUCACUAUUUCAGCAGUUACAUAUUUGGGGUUCUUCCGAACCCAGAUGAGGAGGAAAUUCAAUAUAAGGGGAGGAGAUAAUUCCUUGGAUGAUUGCAUCUACCACCUGAUCUGCCCCUGCUGCGCCUUAUCUCAGGAAUCACGAACGCUGGAAAUGAAUAAUGUUCAAGAUGGCACAUGGCACGGUCGGGGUGACACAAUAUGUAUAGGUAGUUAUGGUGAAGCCAGCCGAUUUGUGGAGCUAAAUAAACCUGAUCCUGUGUCAACCAAAUCUUCUGAAGCCUGUGGCAUUCUAAAGGAUGUGGCUAAUCACGAUCACUCUUGAGUCUAUGCGUGCAUGUAGCAAGACGUCGGUUGCUCUGCCUAGGACAUUCUUUCGGGAUUCUUCGUCUGAUUCAUUGCCGAAGGUCACGGCACGCUGCCUUGUUUCAGCAACUUUGCCCUCAAGGGAUGAGGGUUCAGAAAUUUGAGCUGCUACUGUUGCUGCUUUACUUUUGGUGUAUUGCCCUCCAGAACUGGUUGGGCUGCGGUUGGUGCAAUGGGGAUGUGGUUUGUGAACCUCGAUAUUAGAGGUUGGGGGGUUGAAAGUGACUCCUCUCUUUUCUUUUUCCUUCUUUUCUUUUCUUGUGUAAACACACAUGAUAGUGUUCAGAUCGAUACAAGAACUCUUCUAAAAUUGUA